AUGUUUCGAUCAACAUCAUCACCAUCAGCAUUAUCCCCAUCACACUCAUCAAAAACACGCCCAACACGCCCAACACGCUCGUAUCGUAUAUUGAAAUCCCUCAUUGCAAAGCGCAAACUCUUCAAAAAGCGAAACGCGGUAUCCCUCGCCCUUGUAGCUGCAGGAUGGGCCCUACCUAAAGCCUCCGCUUACCUCACCUCCGCAAACAGUACCCCAUUGAUAGACUCCUGCGCCUUGCUUACCACGGAAGCAGCAACAAUCUGCCCCUUGACCGGCAACCGCACAACAAUUUGCACAAAUCUUAUCCUCGAGAUGAAAGCGAUCGACUGCAUAGGACUCGGCCGUCGUCUUCUCAACCCCGCAAAUGCCGUGGUCUGCUCCCUGGGUCCUUGUGCCGCCUGCAUCUGCGCGCAUUUUGCGCUUCAGUCCCCAAAUGGCAUACCCGAUGCCGACGCGCUGAAUGGGAGUGAGUUGGAGGGUACGUUGGUGAAGUGGGUCAUCUUCAGGUGUUUAAACAAUUGGAUGCUGCUGCCUGAGACGAGAGAGAAGUUGUUCAAGUGGCUUACGCGGGUAUUUGGGGGGGCGGCGGCAAAACAAAUUGAGGCUUUGCUGUUGAAGGGUACUUUGAAGGUUGGAAAUUUGGUGGCGCUGUUGUUCAAGAAAGUGAGGCGCAUGCGGGGUGGUGGUGUCCCUGCUGGGGAAAACAAUGUACCUGCUGGAGAAGUUGGCGUCCCUGUAGAGGGGAAUGGUGUCCCAGCUGGGGGAGAUGACGUCCCUGCUGCUUCUAAUCAGGAUGAGCACAUCGAGAUGAUCGAUGCGCUUUCGACUCCGGUUACCGACCAGCCGCCAAACACCAUUGAUGGCAUUACCGAGCCCGUCACUACUCCUACAACGCCUACAUCUAGCACACAAGAAAUCCCCACCAGGAUUCUUCGACAAAUCAUCAGAACCCCGAGAGGCCAGCCGCAUUACACGGAAUACCGGGUCGAGUACAACGACGGUGAUAUCGCAGCGAAGUGGGUUCUGAAGGAGACUUUGGAAGACGCACCUCUACAAUUUAAGAGACGGCUUUGUUGCGAAGAAGGCAGGCAAGAUUAUGAACGGGAAAGAGGGGAAAGGAAAGAAUAG